CCUCUAUAGAACAAGGACAGUGACCGGAGCGUGGUCACAUGACCAGUCACGUGGGUGGCAAACGGCCGGUGACCAUGGCAACAGAACGCUAAACUAGGAACAUGGCGACAGAGGAGAAGAAGGUGAAGGAGCUGCAGGACAUGGCUGAAAAUCAAUUGGAGGAAGUUUCCAUGCAAGAAUUCUUGUCUCUACCACAGAUAAAUAAUCUUUUGGAAGUACAAGAUGCAGACAAAAUACAGAGGCUAAUGGAAGGGUUUCUUAAUGUUCAAGACCCUGAGACAAAUUUAAAAGAAGCCGUCUUGGUAGAUUAUUAUGUGUCUGGAUUCUGCUGGGGAAAAGACAGGAACUUUAACUUACAGCAGCUGAGCGGUUUAAUGGGGCUUUUACAUUUACUAAUGGAAAAUCUUCAAGACAAAAGGUUGUCACUUGCAGAGAACAUAUUAGAACUUGCAAGAGCCUUGAGAGGCAUAGGACACAGUCUACUUAAGGAUAAAGCGAGGUUAACAUUUUUUAAUGUCGACGAGGCUAAAGAUAUUAUCAAUUACUUAAAAAUCAGUUUAUUUCAGCACUAUAAGCUUUAUGAAUGCAUGUUCACUGUCCCGAGGGAUCAAAUGGUUAUAGGAGCAGAGCAAGAAGUAGAGGUUGUUAAACCAGUAGAAGCACCUUUCCCAUUACCUCUUGAAGAAGGCAUACCUUAUGAAAUGUAUGCAAGAUUCCGAGCACCACCAGUUCCAGGGGAAGACAUAGAAACAGUAGAGACCCAGCUCCUCCUUGACAUCAGGAUGUCAUGUGCAGUGGACAUGCUCGACUGUCUCAGUGAAUGUCCUAAAAUGGUCAUAACCGAGGGCAUCAGGACACAACAAAGGCAGAAGGCUGAGAUAAAUGAAAAGUUAAGAGUUCAGGAAGAGGCCUUCACUUCAAAAAUAGAAAACCUGCAAAAGCCGUGACAUUCUCAGCAAGCCGCUUGGAACUUCAAAAAUCACAGUAUCUGAAAUGAAAAAAAAAGUACCGUAAAUUGUUUUGCUUGCAAACCCCCCUCGAGCAAACACAGCUGUUUUCAACUGCAUUGUUAUUUGUAAGAUAGAUAUGUAUAUGUACAGUAAUAUAAUCAUACUAAAUAAAAAAAAUAUUAAAUAUAAAAAA